GUGACCUAGAUUUGUCGGGAAAGGUUACACUCAGCAAGAAAAAUCUUAGAAUUAGUUUACCUUACCGUAUAUUUUACAAUAUACUAGUAUAGGAUAAUAUGAAGUGAAAAUGGCACACAUUGAUACAGUGAAAGAAAGUUGUAGUUGCGAUAAAACAUUUUUGACAUAACUUGAGAGCUCUGCGUCUUGACUUAAGUUAACCUUUCCUUUUGUGUUCAUCUAGCUUUUCAUUUUUACACGAAUAAUGCUUGCACGGUGGAUUAACAGGCGUCGCCGCUUAACUCUUUUUAAACUUCUUUUAAUUGUAUCUGCCACUCUAGGUGUUGGAUUUUGGUAUAGCCAAGUAAGAUUAAAGACAAACUUAGAAUCUGAUACUCUCUCAAACAAGCAGAAAAAGAUAUCGGAAAUAAUUAACCGUAGCGGAAACGGGCAGAGUUCGAAAGUAAUACGAAUAGAGAAAGAGAAACCUUUUCAGCCAGAAAGUUUACAAAAACCUCCGUCAGGAAGUUAUGUUUCUAAUACUGAUGUUAUUCGUGAUCACCAAAAUCAUAACGCACAAAUACAGAGACCUGGCUCAGACUUGAUUAUUAAUGAAGAUGAGAAUAAUAACCACAAGAAUGUACUGCCUCCACCAUCACCUGCUGAACUUACGAAGGAAAGUGGUAAAAACAACCAACGCUUAAAGUUAAAUAGAAGUUUUGUCGAUAAGACUAAAUCAGCUGUACGUAUGAGUAAUGAUCACCAAAAGGAAGUUGGUUUGGAACAUAAACCUGAAGAUGAACUUCAAAAUACAGGCUUAGAUGAUGGAAUUAUGAAAGUGACCCCUGGACUUGGAGAAGUGGGAAGACCAGUAAUUCUUAAUCAAAAAGAGCAAAUUUUGGCUGAUGAACUGUUUAGUUCAGCAGCUUUUAAUGUUUACAUCAGUGAUAGAAUCUCACUUAAUCGAAGUGUGCCUGAUGCUAGACAUCCAUUAUGUAAAAAUGUACAAUAUGAGAAUAACCUUCCAACAGCCAGCAUUGUGAUAAUUUUCACAAAUGAAAUGUGGUCAAGUCUUUUGCGGACAAUCCAUAGUGUUAUGAACAGAACUCCAUCACAUCUUCUUCAUGAAAUAAUUUUAGUGGAUGAUUUAAGUACUCUAGAGUAUUUGAAAGGAAAGCUGGAAAACUACUUAAAAAAGAAUCUGCCAAAAAAUAAAAUAAAACUCUUACGCAUGAAGAAACGGGAAGGGUUAAUCAGAGCCCGAUUGGCUGGAGCACAAAUUGCUACUGGGGACGUCUUGGUAUUUUUGGAUUCUCAUUGUGAAACAAAUUUCAUGUGGCUAGAGCCACUAUUGCAGAGAAUAAAAGAAGACAGAAAAACAGUGGUUUGUCCAAUAAUUGAUGUCAUUGACGACAAGACACUACAGUAUGUUGCAAGCAAUGGAGAGUAUUUUCAAAUUGGUGGUUUUACAUGGAAUGGACACUUCACAUGGAUAGAAAUCCCUGAGUGGGAAGAAGAGCAGAGGAAAAGUGUUGUAGCUCCAACAAAAAGCCCAACAAUGGCAGGUGGCCUCUUUGCCAUUGACCGUAAUUACUUCUGGGAAAUUGGAAGCUAUGAUGAAGGGAUGGAUGUAUGGGGUGGCGAAAAUUUAGAAAUGGCUUUUAGGGUUUGGAUGUGCGGUGGAUCUCUGGAAAUCAUCCCUUGCUCUCAUGUAGGCCAUAUCUUUCGUAGUUUUCACCCUUACUCUUUCCCUGGGAAUAAAGAUACUCAUGGAAUCAACACUGUGAGGACAGUUGAAGUGUGGAUGGAUGAGUACAAGAAAUAUUUCUAUAUGCAUAGACCUGAUCUUAGGCAUGUUAAUUACGGGGAUAUCACUAAGCGGCUUGAGCUACGAGAUAAGUUACAGUGCAAGGAUUUUGAGUGGUAUUUGGAGAAUAUAUAUCCACAAAAAUUCACUUUUGAUCAGAAUGUUUUUGCAUUUGGAAUUGUCCGUAACCCUGUUAGUAAUCUCUGUUUAGAUAAUUUGAACCGAGAUGAAGACAAAUCUGAACCACUAGGACUACACCACUGCAAGAGCCAGAAGGGUGUUGUAAUGAAUCAAGUGUUCUCUCUUUCUGCAAGCAAUGAGCUUAGGCAAGAAGAAAAUUGUGCAGAGGUAUUAUACAAAACUUCUAAGUACCAGAAGGUUAUGAUGGUGAAAUGUCAUGGUAGAGGUGAAGGCCAAGAGUGGCACCAUAUGAGGGGUGGGCCAAUCAUCCACAGAGAAACAGGUAAAUGUUUGGAUGUUGCUGGAAGCAAAGCAACCAAGGAUGUGUACGUAACAGAAUGUAAGGGAACUCACUCACAGAUCUGGUGGUUUGAGAACUACUUAAACAUGCAUUCUCAAGUGGAACAACAGAAACCAUAAUGAAAACAAAAUAUAAAUUACAGAUAUAUAUAUACUCAGUUCUUGGGCAUAUAAGUGAUGAUUUUCCUUUAUCAUGAUUGUACACAAACAUAUCUAUUCAAAUCUCUCUACUGCCUAAACCACAAUGGUACAGUGAAGUGGAAAAACUGACAUCAAUUAUCUUUGCAACUGCAUUGAUGUUUUAAAAUAGUGAUGUACAAAUAUUUAUAAUUUGCUUAGUAGAAAUUAAUUUUUUAUGAAAUGACUGAGAGUGAAAACGCCUUACUAAGGUGAUUGACACUACAGCUUUAACGUAUUCACUCUUACAGUGUACCUUUGUAGAAAUUAUGUACUUAAUGCAAGCAGAUAUAGUUAUUUUUUACUUAGUUUUGCCCAGUGCCCUUUCUGUUUUGUCUUCCAUUAUCUGAUGAAGUGGAUGUUUAAGAAAUUUAAUUCCUCUUCUCAAACUUGUAAUACAACAACAAAAAUAUUCUAUUGGUGAUUUAGUGCAAUGUUUAUCAUCUCAAACAACAUAAUUUUUUUGAGGAUUUUUAUAAUAUUUUAUUAGAUGUAUUUUUAACUUUGAAACAAAAAGUGUCAUGAAUUAAUGAAGCUCAUCAGUAACUGUGCAGUGAUGUAAAUGUGAUGUUUAGCAUUUUUUUAACAUGCUGCAUGAAAUGAAAGAAUUUAAAAUAAAAAAUUGUAUUUGUAAUCUUACUUUUAAAAAAAACAGAUCUGUAGUAGUGGCUGUGCAUAUAUCAUAAAUGUAAAUAAAGCUUAAUCUUUAAAAUACUAUGCAGUAGUUUAAACAAUGUUAAAUGUUAAUUCUCACAAAAAAAACAACAUCAUUCUUAUUUUGUGGCCAGAUUGAGGAAUAAGAGAAUGCAUGUGUUUCCUUAUUUCUAGAGCUUAAGUCUAAAUAGUUGACAAUUUAUGGGGGUUUUUUCUUCUAUAUUUGUAGAAAUUUGUGCAUAUGCAUAAGUAUCUUGGAACUUUGUGUUGUACUUGAACAGAAUUGGUGUUUGCAAGUUCAUGUAUAUGUGCAUGACUGAAGUUAUAUUAAAUUGAGAAUAACUUCUUGACAUGAGCAAACUUAAACUGAAACUCACAUUAACAUAAAUAUUAUAUUACAUAAGUACAUUUGCAUUAACUGUUAAUAUCAGUUACAAAAGUAUUUAAUUCUUAUAGUCUUUGUAGGAUUUCUUCAAACUAUGCCAUUGGAUUCAGUGUAAGAAAACCCUUAUCAAAACAUUAGUUCACAACUAGAAAUAUGUGCCAUGGUAGCUAGAAGCAUACUUGUUAUUUCUUUAAGCUUCUUAUUUUGGGUUUCUUCAAGCUCAUAUUCCAAUGAUUAUUCACUAGAUUCGUUGUCUGCAUCUUAACUUUCAAGUAAUUCACCAGAGCUUUCAUUUUGUAUUUCAUUAUCAUCAAUAGCAGUGAUAAUAAGCUUUUUUCCUUGUUCUGUGUGUUGACAUUUUUUUAUUCCAUUCACGUUUAUUGAAUUUUCUCUCUGUAAACAAAUGUGGGUGAUAAAAGAAAAAAAUAUCACCUCAACAAAAUGCCAUAAUCAUAGCAAUUGUAGGUUAUUUUGUGGAAUACUGCCCAGCUCAAGCUGUCCCCUUGUGAAUGAAAAUGUAGCUAUAUAAGCAGUAUGUCUCGGAGGACCAUGAUAGAUGAGACUAUGAAAAGCCAAGAGUCUUUUACGUUUAUACAUGUUAGUGUGGUGUACCAAGUCUGCCCAUAUAGUUUCUGGAAAUAUAAAUAUCAGAUGUACUAAGUACUCCCAUUUAGUCCCUGGGAAUAGAAGUAGAAAGCAUAUCAAGUAUUCCUCUAUGGGGAAAACAGCAAAGAGUUAAUAAUGUUUCCAGUAAAAAGAUCCCACACUCAAUUUCAACCACUUAUUUCUUGUACAGUGCUGCUGCUUACCAGAUCUUUCAGUCAGUACCAGAGCUCAUGAGGUUAUUUUGGAUACAACUCUACUUAUAAUUAAUUAUCCUUUAUAAGACAUCAACUUGAAGGCUUAUGGUGUAUAAUGCCUGUUAUCCAUCUGAUGGAUUGAGCUUUAAUAAUAGACAUUGUACACAUUAACCAACUGGAAUGCUUCUUUUUCUUUCUUUCUUAGUUCCCGUCGUUCCUAGUGGAACAUAGGGCUACAACAACACUUCGCCGACGGAAGUGUUGUUGCAGUUUCUGUAGCAGAUUGUUAUCAGGGUGGAGUUGCUAGCUCCACGCCCAAGUGGGCAUGUUUGGUGCGACAAGGAUGCGAACCCGUGACCCUCAGAUUGCGAGUCGAGUGACUUACAACUGGAAUGCUAGAAACUCAUAAUUAUUGAUUCAAAAUGGAAGCAGUUAAAAGUGGCUAUAAAAGUCAUUAAUAAUAAAAUUCUCUCACAAAACACUUUAAGUUUAAUUAGGUAGCAUCUCAUUGUAUUUAUCAAUGUUGUAGCUCAACUUAUGAGGGUUGUUAAUUCAUGAAAUUGGUUAGUAAUAAUAUGAGUCUUUUUACUCAACAUGACCCAAAGUAUAUCUUAUUUGGGGAGGGAGGGAUCUAAAGAGGUACCAGCCAAUUAGACAGCCUUAAAUAAUCUUUGAUUCUAAAUAAGUUUAAAUAUGGGUGAAGAAUUAAACCCCCAUGAAGAGUAAUUUCUGUAACCUCCAUAGUAAAGGACUGCACAUGGUGAUUGCUGAAAAAGCUGUAAUUUCAGGAAGUUUUUUAAUCCAUGAAUUAGAAAUGAUUACUUUGUUUGAUUAUAGUUAGAAAAAUCAAUUAAUAAAACGGUUGAAGUUUCCCCAAAAAAGAAGCUUAAUGUUCAAAGUAUUAUUUUGACAAAGCCAUGCACAUUUCACCUUGGAAGAAAUAUUAUUUCUUGGAGCUUAUUGAUGAAUGGAAUAAUACAAACACUGAUCUUUGGACUAUUAUUAAAUUU